AUGGGGACUGUCUGCCUCUGCUUUUGUAUCCUGAUCCAAGGUGGUCUAUGUGCGGAGUCCGAGGAGAGGUUGCUGAAGUGGCUACUGAGUAGAGAGCGUUACAACAAGCUGAUACGACCGGCCAGUAACCAGUUUGAACCAGUUACCAUCAAACUGCAGGUCUCCCUGGCACAACUGAUAAGUGUGCAUGACCGGGAACAAAUUAUGAUCACCAAUGUCUGGCUAACACAGAACUGGGUUGAUUACAGGUUGUCAUGGGAACCUUCAGACUUUGAUGGGAUUGACAAGCUCCGCAUUCCUUCUCGUCAUAUAUGGCUCCCAGAUAUUGUACUGUACAACAAUGCUGAUGGUAUCUAUGAGGUGACGGUCUUCACCAACGCCAUCGUCCUGUCCAACGGCACCAUCUUCUGGCUCCCACCAGCUAUCUAUAAGAGUGCCUGCAAGAUCGAGGUCAAACACUUCCCAUUCGACCAACAGAACUGCACCCUGAAGUUCCGCUCGUGGACCUAUGACCACACUGAGGUGGAUCUGGUCCUCAGGACAGGUGUGGCCAGUAUGGAUGACUUCACGCCCAGUGGAGAGUGGGACAUCUUGGCUUUACCCGGGAGACGUACUUUCUCCAGCUCAGAGCCCAUCUACGUAGAUGUGACCUACGACUUCCUGAUCAAAAGGAAUGAAUAUAUACCGUUGUUCUACACCAUAAAUCUGAUUAUCCCCUGUGUCCUCAUCACCUCUCUGGCUGUGUUGGUCUUCUACCUGCCCAGUGACUGUGGAGAGAAGAUCAGUCUGUGUGUCUCUGUACUGUUGGCCCUCACUGUGUUCCUGUUGCUGAUAUCUAAGAUCGUACCGCCAACCUCUCUGGACGUGCCCCUGAUCGGUAAAUACCUGAUGUUCACCAUGGUUCUCGUAACCUUCUCCAUCGUCACCAGUGUGUGUGUUCUGAACGUCCAUCACCGUUCCCCCAGCACACACACCAUGCCCCACUGGAUUAAAGUUUUGUUCCUGGACUGGCUGCCUGCCCUGCUGUGCAUGAGGCACCCCCAGAACAACUCGGCCAGACAGCGUCUCCGUCAGAGGAGGCAGCAGUCGCUCCAGAAGACCAAGGAGGCUAGCCCAGGGAUGGACCCUGGCGUGGCCUCCUCUCCUUCCACUUCGCCAUUCCUCCUAUCUCCUGGGUCCUACUACCUCAGAAAAAGGAGUGUGAGGACACAAGAGGGGUUUCUGCCCACGGAGCAACUGUCUGGUCGCCCGUGGUGUAGCAGCUCCAGCUCUGACAUCAGUCACAGUCCUGACCUACAGGAAGCUGUAGAUGGGGUGCGAUACGUCGCUGACUACAUGAUUAGAGACGACGACAACAAGACUGUGAUUGAGGACUGGAAGUACGUGGCGAUGGUAUUGGAUCGUCUGUUCCUGUGGAUCUUUGCAGUAGGCUGUAUAGCCGGUACUCUUGGGAUCUUCCUCCAACCUUUCUUCCAGCAUCAGACCAUUCCCAUCCGGAAUCUCAGCAGCCCCACCUCACCAAGGGACGUCAUCUUGAAGGAUUCCGUUGUUUAAAAAUAUAUAUAUUAUCCAUGUAAAACAAAUAAUGUCUAGCUUUAAAAGAGGACCCCACCACAUGAAAUUAUCUGAAGGACUUUACUGUCAACUGGCUAAUGCUGCUACUAUUCUUAGCUACAAUUUAGUACAAUAAUGAUGAAACAAAUGAGCAGUGUCUGACUGCUGUCGGCUGAGGAAGAUGCUUGGAAUUGACUGUGUUCGGUAAAGAGAUGUUUUGUGAUGAUGGAUAGACUUUAAUUAACAACAUGGUUAACAUUAUGCAUGUCCUUAAACUAGAAAUGAACAACAUGGUAACAUUAUGCAUGUCCCCUAAACUAGAAAUGAACAACAUGGUAAAAUGAUGAAUGUCCCCUAAACUAGAAAUGAACAACAUGGUAAAAUGAUGAAUGUCCCCUAAACUAGAAAUGAACAACAUGGUAACAUCAGGCAUGUCCCCUAAACUAGAAAUGAACAACAUGGUUAACAUUAUGCAUGUCCCCUAAACUAGAAAUGAACAACAUGGUAACAUCAUGCAUGUCCCCUAAACUAGAAAUGAACAACAUGGUAACAUCAUGUCCCGUCCCCUAAACUAGAAAUGAACAACAUGGCAACAUCAUGCAUGUCCCCUAAACUAGAAAUGAACAACAUGGUAACAUCAUGCAUGUCCCCUAAACUAGAAAUGAACAACAUGGUAAAAUGAUGAAUGUCCCCUAAACUAGAAAUGAACAACAUGGUAAAAUGAUGAAUGUCCCCUGAACUAGAAAUGAACAACAUGGUAACAUUAUGCAUGUCCCUUAAACUAGAAAUGAACAACAUGGUAACAUCAUGCAUGUCCCCUAAACUAGAAAUGAACAACAUGGUAACAUCAUGCAUGACCCUAAACUAGAAAUGAACAACAUGGUAACAUUAUGCAUGUCCCUUAAACUAGAAAUGAACAACAUGCUAACAUCAUGCAUGUCCCUUAAACUAGAAAUGAACAGAAUGGUAACAUCAUGCAUGUCCCCUAAACUGAAUGUCACAAACUGAGAAAAUAUAUGAAGUGUGCUGCCACCCUCUGCCAAUGUUAUGAAUUUAAAGUGAUGUCGUAAAGUAGGCUACUCAACAACACGCUGAAUGGAUGAUUGGUUUGAACAUUCACAGUUUCUUAUUAUGAGGCGUGUUGUGAUCUCUCAAUUUUUAAUCCUCUGUGCUCAUUUGCCUUGUGGUGACAAUAUUACAU